CUCAGUCCCUCUCCAUUGUCGUUUGGCCGCCUCUCCUACUCUUUCGCGAUCUGAGUGCUUCUCUUUCCAUUUCCCUUUCUUUGUUACACACGCUCUUGGAAGUUUGCCAAGUGGUGUGCUCACUGCCCAGUCACUUUCUACUGCUUUUGCGUCGGAGAACGGACAGGCGUGAGCUUUGAUUAUAUCCCAUGCUCGGCAUUUUAUCGCCUAGUACCCCUACCGGACACUUUCCCACACCCCCCAACCGUGUUCUCACCCUUCCCUUCCCCGUUCGCUUUCGUCUUUUGUAGUUCCUUUCAGGUUUAGUGCACGGCAGACUCCAUGACCCUUAGCCCCAGUUCUGUUUGUCUUACACAGUAUAGUCGAUCCCCAUGUAUCGGUUCCCGCUUUACUCUUGCCGUGGGAUUCAACAGAAAUUUCUAUAACACAUCCCGCACACCAUACACACGCCUCGAGCUCCCUUCUGGGGACUUUUUUCUCCCUUCUGUCUGGUUCUUGUCCUUCUUGCGUGUGUGAUAUACGAACCCUUCGGAUGUUUAGAAUCCAUUCCUGGUCCAACAGAUAAACGUCGACAUAGAUAUUCCGAAAACCGCAUAGACGACCUGAUACGGCUUUGGGUGCGCGAAGUCUUCUCUAUAAGAGGAUCACCAACUCGGUUCGGGCUUUGACUGGGAAAGGAAUUGAAGGAGGAUGGUCAGCGCCUUACUCCCCUUUGAGGGGCCGGCGGAUCUUUCGAGGAUAGAGGCCCCGGUUACCUUGAAGGCUUACCUUAUCUGCGCUUUUGCAGCAUGUGGUGGACUAUUCUUUGGCUAUGAUACGGGUUGGAUCAACGGCGUGCUAGGCAUGCCUUACUUUAUCACCCUUUACACGGGUUACUCGUACGACUACGACAGGAAACAGCCCAUCGGUAUCGACCCCGUCAACUUUGGCUUACCCUCGUCAACCAAAUCUCUCAUGACCUCGAUUCUCUCCUGCGGCACCUUCUUCGGCGCCCUCAUCGCCGGUGACAUUGCCGACUUCAUCGGCCGUCGGCUGACCAUCAUCAUCGGCUGUCUCAUCUUCUGCGUCGGCUGCGUUCUCCAGAUUGCCUCGACUAAUCAGACGGUUCUCUUCGUGUUUGGUCGACUCAUUGCGGGCUUGGGCGUUGGCUUCAUCUCAACCGUCAUUAUAUUGUACAUGUCCGAGAUCGCCCCCAGAAAGGUUCGUGGCGCGCUGGUGUCGGCGUACCAGUUCUGCAUCACCGUGGGAAUUCUGCUCGCCAACUGCGUUGUGUAUUCCACGCAGGAUAGAAACGAUACGGGCUCGUAUAGGAUUCCGAUUGGUGUGCAGUUUUUGUGGGCAUUGAUUUUGGGAACCGGGUUGUUCAUUUUGCCCGAGUCACCACGUUACCAUGUUAUGAAGGGUCAGCUUCAAUCAGCCGCCAAAUCUCUGGCUUAUGUUCGUGGACAGCCGAUUGAGUCCGAGUACAUCAAGGACGAGCUGGCUGAGAUUGUGGCGAACCAUGAGUAUGAGAUGCAGGUCGUUCCGCAAACGUCGUAUAUCGGAUCGUGGGUCGCUUGUUUCCACGGCUCGCUGCGCAAGGGUAACAGCAAUAUUCGUCGUAUCAUUCUGGGUUGUGGAUUGCAAAUGUGGCAGCAACUCACUGGAAUCAACUUCAUCUUCUAUUUCGGCACCACCUUCUUCCAACAACUCGGCACCAUCUCCAACCCCUUCUUCAUCUCCCUCAUCACCACCCUCGUCAACGUGCUCUCCACCCCCAUCUCUUUCGUCGCCGUCGAGUACCUCGGCCGCCGCUUCCUGCUCAUCUACGGUGCCAUGGGCAUGAUAAUCAUGCAAUACAUCGUCGCCAUAGUCGGCGUCACGGCCGGGCGCAUCGACGCCAACGACCCCGCCGCCGUCCGCGGCAUGAUCGCCUGCAUCUGCAUCAACAUUUUCUUCUUCGCCACCACAUGGGGCCCCACAGGGUGGGUUGUCAUCGGCGAGUGUUUCCCUUUACCGAUCCGCUCGCGCGGCGUGGGCAUUUCUACGGCCUGUAACUGGUUCUGGAACUGCAUCAUCGCCGUCGUGGCUCCCUACAUGGUCGGUAACUCAAAGGGUUCAGCAAACCUGGGUCCCAGGAUCUUCUUCAUCUGGGGAAGCCUGUGUAUCUUUUCCAUGCUGUUUGCGUAUUUCUUGGUCCCCGAAAUGAAGGGACUCACGCUGGAGCAGAUCGAUAAGAUGAUGGAGGAGGUCAGUCCGAGGAAGAGUAAGAAGUGGAUGCCCAAGACCACGUAUGUGGCAGAGCUGGCGAGGAGAGACGCCGAGAAGAGUAGGCAGCAGUGGAGGGAUGUUCAUGCCGCGACGAAUACGACGGGAGGAUUGGAGAGUGGUAUGAUGGGGGGCGGGUACCAAGAGGCGAACGAGAUGGGAGCCAUUGAUCCCUAUGGGCAUGGUCCUACACAUGGUGUCCAUGGGGGUAGUGGGGGUUAUGGAAACAGUAUGGGAAGGGAUCCAUAUGAAAGUCCAAAUACUGUCAGGUAUUGAUGGGACCUUCUUUUUGUUUAUUUUCUUCACUUUCCCUUUGUUCACCGCGGUCUGUUUGGUUUAUGGGAUAUCCACUCUCUUUUGUUGAUGGGAUUGUCGAUCGGGAUCAAGAAGACGAGUUAAGGAAUAGGAUGAGAGGAGAUCAUUAUAAGGGGGAUGUCCUUUUAUGAGGUUGACGGCGUUUACGUUUAAUGAAGCAGUGUUAGUUCGAGAUACCAACUACUAAGAUUUUACCCCUU